UCAGAAUGGCACGAAACUGUAUCAGUUGUACUAUCAAUUUAAUGUUUCAAGUGAAACUGAGAAGUUUAAAAUAUUUUUGUCGGGGGAUUCCACGGGGACAUUAGGUGACAGUAUGGGCAACACAGCGUUAACAAGAGAGAAUCAGUUAGGAAUGUACUUUAGUACCCCAGACAACGAUAACGACAAUUGGAUGGACAACAACUGUGCUGCUUUCCAUAACGGAGGAGGAUGGUGGUUCAACAGCUGCCACCAAGCUUUCCUUAAUGGCCCCUGGACUCCAGUAGAAUGGAAACACCCCUGGAACCCUCCGUUUGAGUAUGGAACAUCUGUUUAUGGUACUCUGAUGAUGGUCAGACGUGGCUAGGUAAAUAUAUUUUAUUUUAGUAAGGGACAUCCUUACAAACAAAGAUACAUUGCAGGUUCCAGUAAAUGUUCAACCAAGCCUCUUUCAUUAGUUCUCACUAAAACAUUGACAGUAGUGAAGGAAAAACUUCAAGAGUACUGUACAACUAUAUAUUCAAGAAGUGGUGUAAAUCAGAUGUGGAUACUUAUAAAUUCUAAAGAAUUUUUAGACAAUGUGAAAUCACAAGACUUUU